AUGGGCUCUGUUUCUAACCAGGAAUUCCCAGGAGUGUGUAAGACCGAGGAGGAUGAAGGACCGAGCACCGAGGAGGAUUCACAGUCUUUCCACGGGGUUGGCGUGUGUAAAUGGUUCAACGUCCGCAUGGGCUUCGGGUUCCUGUCCAUGACCAACCGAGAGGGAGUGCCACUGGACGAGCCGGUUGAUGUAUUCGUCCAUCAGAGCAAGUUGCACAUGGAAGGUUUCCGCAGCCUAAAGGAGGGCGAGGUGGUCGAGUUUACCUUCAAGAAGUCAUCAAAGGGCCUGGAGUCUCAGCGGGUUACAGGACCAGGUGGCAUCCACUGUCUGGGCAGCGAGCGAAGACCCAAAGGCAAGAAGGUCCAGAAGCGACGUUCAAAAGGAGAUAGGUGCUACAACUGCGGAGGCCUGGACCACCAUGCCAAGGAGUGCAAAUUACCACCCCAGCCCAAGAAGUGCCAUUUCUGCCAGAGCAUCGAUCACAUGGUUGCCAACUGCCCAAUCAAAGCACAACAGUCCUCACCGGGUUCUCAGGGAAAACCGUCCUCUUUGAAAGGAGAUGAGGAGGAGCACAGCCACUCGGCACUGCCUCCUGAGACCUCCGAUUAA